AAACUUUCCUGGAGUAUAUAGUCUAUAACUAAGAGUGUUGUGAUGUGUAAUAAUAAUGAUAAACAGACAGACGAGUCUCUGAAUAUUUAGUGACUCCAGUGUGUAACGUGGUAUGAAUUUAAGAUUUCUCUUGUGUCUCGGUACAGAGGUGCAGACGGAGCGUGCAAAGAGGAUGGACUCUGCAGGAGAAGAAGCGUCCCUGAAUUCACCUGAGCUGCCCUGGAACCAGCUCUAUUUGAAGAGAAGGACCGAGUCCAGGAUCCAGUUAAGGAGGAGAGUGUGCUUCACUGGUCCUGCUGCUGCUGCUGUUACCGUGGUAUUGGCAAUCCUCAUACUGGCUGCUGGCAGUGUGAGCAGCGACAGUGAGUUUGUGAAAGUCCCGAGCUCAGUGAACUGUACUGAGGGGCAGGACUGUAUCCUGAGCUGCUCUUUCGACUACACAGCUGGAGGCUGGGACAUGUGGUCCUAUGUGGUCUGGAGGCGAGAGGAAACAAGCCGGAUCGUUCACAGUUACCAUGACAACACGGACCAGCUUGCCCAUCAGCUCCCUCAGUAUGUGAACAGGACCGGCCUGUUUGAUUCUGAGCUGCAGCGCGGGAACGCUUCAAUGCUGCUGAGGAGAGUCAGGGAGGAAGAUGCUGGAAAUUACAGCUGCUCUGUUUACCCUCAUAAAUUGCACGGGUCGGGCCUGAUUGAGUUAGUCCUGGUUCCAGCUCAGCCCACAUCAGCAGCUAUUACAGCUGAACCCACAUCAGCAGCUAUGAUAGCUGAACCCACAUCAGCAGCAGCAGCUGUUCUGAAUGGACGACACCCCUGGUGGGUUUCAGGAGCAGUUCUUGUUUAUUGGGUAGCUGCAAGUUUCUGUAUCGGCUUGAAGCUGUAUAUACAACGUGCAGGUUGUUGUUUCUGGAAGUCCCACGAUGCUCUGAAAGCUCAGUACAGUGCAGGACAGGACAGUGAAACCCAGUGAAGGCAGAGCGCUCCCCUGCACUGCUCAACACACCCAGUUUAAUACAAGCUCUCACAGAGGAGAUACCUCUUCAAUUAGAAACAGCAGCUCUGUGGCUGCUUCCUGUAAAUCAUUGCCAGUAUAACAAACUCUUUUUUUUUAAUGUGUGAUUAUGCAAUGACUAAUAAAUACCACUAGAUGGCACCCAAGAAAUUAAAAAAAGAGCAUCAUUGUCUCAAGCCGAGGGAAUAUGAAACCACUUUUUCAGGAACAGUGGCUUGAAACCUGGUUCCAGGAGAAGGGGAGAUUUUGAGUCAACUUUGCUGUAUCAAACCUCAAGUCUCCCCUGGUGUGUCAUGCAGUGGCCUGAAACCUAGUCUCCUGAAACCAUGUUAAAGACACAAAGUGGAUCUGUGUUCCCUCAGCUUUACACAACUGAACAGUAACAUGUAAAACUGUGGAUACUGCAAGUUAGUGGUAAUGUUAAAAAAAAAAAAAUGUAUCUAUGUACGUAUUAAAAGUUUUCUCUUUAAACGGUGUUGUAUGUAUUUGAGCUACUUCUUUGAGAAGGUGCUUUUUGCCUUGAGAGAAGCCCCGGUUUAGAUUCAGAUGGGCCUCCAGUAUCGUUCUGUAUUGCAGUUAUAGUCCAACCCCUUUAAUAUCACAUUGAAGAGUUUAUAUUAUAUACAGCCAAUGCAAGUCAAGGAGAUCAACACUUCUCAUCAGUGUGCAGUAUGGACCGUAUUCAAUGGCUAGGUUUCUGAUCUGUUAUUUAUAAUAAUGUUUUGUAUUUAAACACAAAGUUAUGCAUCAGCUUUUAAACAAACCUUAAUGCUUACUUUAAAUAGUGUGUGAAUAUGCUUUCGAUGUACACUUCCUAGUAUGCAGUAUGUAAAUAAAAUAACAUUUUAAAUCAA